AUGUCUUGGGUGUGUCCUGGUUACUAUCUAUUCCCAAUGAUGGGCGGUUAUAAUAUCGCUCCAACCAACCAAAUCUUCACUGGUCACCAGAAUACUAAGUUUAAACUCAACAAAUAUUUGAUCUACACCGUAAUUGCCACGUGUCACACUUUCCCCUUUGUCACUGCAUUCUGUCUGUUGAACUCUGGUUUAAGCACUGACCAAAUGGCGGUGCUUGUGCAGAGGAAUUGGCCAAAGUGUAUUCAUGUUCUCAAUAACCGUGGAUUUGUGAUCUACGAUCCGAGUGGAAAUGAGUGGAGUGCGGCAGUGGGGUUGGCGGCGAUGGCCUAUAUUUCGGUGUUCUCAGUAUUCGGUGCAUUUUUGGGUGUCCAUACUAUGUAUAUCCUACAAAAAGUCAGAUUUCACCUGUCCCGUCAGACGUAUUCCAUUCAUAAGACUGCAAUGAUUAAUCUGGCGUUGCAGUGUCUAGUUCCCACAUUUUUUGUGAUUAUCCCAUUUAAUAUUAUCUUUCUGGUGGUGUUAAAUGACUGGUGGCAGUGGCAAGAAUUCUCUACAAACUUGUUAUUUGUUAUGGCCGCCCACUCUAUGGUCUCCUCUGCAAUAUUGAUAUUAUCGAAUCGAAGAUUUAAAAACUUGAUUGCGGAGAAGAUUUUAAUAAUACCUCAACGCCUGAUAGAUACCUUCCAACCCUACAGUAUACCGGUAGAUAUAACUUCAUAUCGAAUUGCACCAACCGCGACUUCAAUGUCUCCGAUUUAA